CGGCCGCCGGGCGGGAGCAGGGCGAGAGGAGCCGCAGCUCCGCGCCGCCGCUGCGCUCGGGGGCCCUGAACCCGCCCGGCUGCCGCUUCCUGCCGCUCUUCCUCUGCGGUGAGGAGGGCGCACCGGGCGUCAGAGCCGAGAGGGCCAGGCAGGGUCGCGCGCAUGGCCUCGGCGGGCGCGCGGCGGCUCCCGGCCGGGACGCGCGCGGCGGCCCAGCGCUGCUGCGGCCUCCCGCUCCGCCCUCCGCGACCGCCGCGACCAAUGAGAUCUCUGAUGUCCUGCAGCCUCCUCUUGCCCCGGGCUGCACAGGUCUUGGCGACUGAGGCUGGCUUACCUCCCAAACGUUCCUUCAUGGGCUUUGCUGCCCCCUUCACCAACAAGCGAAAGGCUUACUCCGAGCGUAGGAUCAUGGGGUACUCAAUGCAGGAGAUGUAUGAGGUAGUGUCCAAUGUCCAGGAGUAUCGUGAGUUUGUGCCCUGGUGUAAGAAGUCUUUGGUGGUAUCCAGCCGCAAAGGUCACCUGAAGGCCCAGUUGGAGGUUGGCUUUCCACCUGUUGUGGAACGUUAUACCUCUGCUGUCUCCAUGGUCAAACCUCACAUGGUCAAGGCUGUUUGCACUGACGGCAAGCUCUUCAACCACUUAGAGACCAUUUGGCGAUUCAGCCCUGGUAUUCCUGCCUACCCCCGAACUUGCACUGUAGACUUUUCGAUUUCCUUUGAGUUUCGUUCUCUGCUGCACUCCAAGCUGGCCGCCAUGUUUUUUGAUGAGGUUGUCAAACAGAAUGUCGCUGCCUUUGAGCGCCGGGCAGCCACCAAGUUUGGUCCAGAAACAGCCGUCCCCCGUGAACUGAUGUUCCAUGAGGUGCACCAGACUUAAGGCAAAGGAGUAUUCCCUAGCCUCUCCUCUAC